CUUUGUUCACCAAGGAGAAGCGCAGCAAUUAAAUUAGGUUCUCUGUCAACCUUAUGAAGAGCCCCGGACUUGUGUGGGCAAAGUGGGUAACUUCCGCAGAAGACAGCCCCUAACUAUUCAGGCGUUCAGCCACAACAGCUUUGUCUACCUUAUUCUGCCAGUCUGCGGCUUUUGCACGGCUACAUGUCUAGAAAGACCUGCUUCCUCAGAUCGCCUUGUCGGAUGAUACCUCGGAUUCCUCUUGCCAUGACCCCGGCCGAGUUCUAUGUCGGGUGAUCCGGAUCUAGUAGGGCAUCCGCCCCUGCAGCGUCUUUACACGAACAAGCUACAGCACGCUGCGACGGUGCGCUGAUCGUCGCCCACGUCGCUCGUAUUUCAGGCUGUGUGCUAGGUAAUUACAGCUGCCUUAUUGGGCAGGAGACUAUUCCCCACGAUGCAUUGGGGAUAAGCUAGGGAGGCCUAGUCUCGGGAAAUGAACUAGUCCAGCACUUAACUUCAAGCAUAUCUGGGCAUGGUCCACAACGGUAGGAACCGAUGGGAUGAUGGGACCUCGCUAUCGGCAUUGAAAAGAACCAGAAUAACUUGGUCGGAGAGAGGAAUACGAGAUCUUGUCCCCCCAAGCGCCCAAAUGUCUCCGUCCCAUCGCUGCAGGGUCCAAGGGUCGCCCCGUCCAACGUUGCAUUGCCGAAAUGGAAGAGCCUUUCUGGAAACCCAUAAAGCGAAUGAGGGCUGGCACGAUGUCAGAUGAACUGAAUGUUUGGUCGCGCAACUGCCUUUCGUCCCAGUCGUUCGCUAUCGGCCUGCACUCAUCAUGAAGCAGAGUGUUCUUUCCACGCUCGCUCUGGCGUCCAUCGCCGCGACGGAGUAUGUUUGGCCUUCUCAGUACGAUGAGAUCGAGGAUCACCUCUCUCUCCAGUCCGGAUACCUUCGCAGAGGCUUCAUUGAUGGUGUCAUUACGUGUGGCUUCGGCACAAGCAUCCCCGGCCGUCAGAACUCUGCUGAAUGGAUCCGCGCCGCUUUCCACGACAUGGCCACGCACGAUGUUGCCGCCGGUACUGGUGGUUUAGACGCGUCCAUCUUCUUCGAGUUGGAUCGCCCAGAGAACAUCGGAGGCGCCUUCAACAACACGUUUGGAUUCUUCAGCAGCUUCCACUCCAUUCGUGCCUCUGCUUCUGAUCUGUUGGCCAUGAGUGUUCUCGUCGCCAGCUUUGCGUGCGGCGGUAUUCAAAUCCCGUUCCGUGCCGGCCGUAUUGACGCCCAAGAGGCCGGCCCUGCCGGUGUCCCUGAGCCUCAAACCGAUCUCAACACCACCCAGCAGGCUUUCACCAAGGCAGGCUUCUCUCAGAGCGACAUGAUUGCCAUGGUGGCGUGCGGUCAUACUCUGGGAGGUGUGCACAGCAUGGACUUCCCUGAGAUCGUCGGUGUCGAGGCGGACCCCAAAAACGAUACCGUAGCCCACUUCGACACCGAAUUUGCCAAGUUCGACAACGUCGUCGUGACCGAAUAUUUGGAUGGCACAACCAAGAACCCUCUGGUUGUUGGCACAAACGACACCCUCAACUCAGACAAGCGUAUCUUUGCCGCAGAUGGAAACAAGACGAUGCAAGCCAUGGCCGACCCCGAUGCAUUCCAGGCUACCUGCGCCGACAUCUUCACUCGCAUGAUUGACACCGUCCCUGCCAACGUUAAGCUCAGCGAGCCCAUCGUAGCCACGGACAUCAAGCCCUACAUCAGCGGGCUCUUCCUCAAGGAUGACGGCAACCUGUCCUUCGGCGGCCGCAUUCGCAUCCGCACUACCGCGGUCACUGGCCGAGACCCCAAUGAUCUCUCGGUCCAGCUGACGUACGCUGACCGCAACGGCAACGGAUCGACUGUCAUCACUACCCGCAAGGCAACCUUCCAGGGCGGUAGUGCCUCUGGCUUAUGGAGAGAGAGCUUCUACUGGUGGGAGUUUGACACCACCAUCAGCCCUGACACGGGCAUCAGCAAGUUCUACAUCCAUGUUACGAAGCCGUCAACCAACGAGACUAUCACAUACGAUAAUGCUGGCAACGGAUACCCCAUGAGUGAUAUCCUCCUGUAUCAGCAGUCCAAAUCUUGCAUCGGAAAUGUGGCGGAUGGCAAGCUGCCGGUCACAGUCAAGGCUCUUGUUCGCAAGGACCGUGUACCCGCCACUGCUGAUGGCCUGACAAUGGAUUUGGUUCACGAGGUCCGUAGGCAGGGAGUGAUUGUUCCCAGGCUGGACGUUGAAAAGAUCAACUUCCAAGCUACUGGAGAGGACCAAGGCCAGUGGUCCGUCUAUACAGCCAGUGGAAGUGUCGAUGCUGAUGGGUGGAACACCAGUUUCGAUAUCAAGUUGGGUGGCGAGCAGUCCGUCGAAGUUGCGUUCCAGAAGACAGGAGCUUUGAGCUCUUGCAGCUAGACAUAAAUAG